UUUGCCUGGUGUCAGGGAAUCGGGUGGUGGUGGGGUUCACACUGCGGAGUGGAUGGGGACAGAGAAACACCUAUUGGAGAUUACGAUAGGAUUCCUGAUUACUUAUCAAAAAGGUCGUUGCCUACUUCCCUGCUCUGUGUCCCAAGACGUUUUAAACAAAGGUGGUUUUCUGGUAUCUCCAUUUCAGCUCAAGUUACUUCUCUUCCAUGUACAGAGAGGGUGUUGGUGGUUAAUUGGUGCAUUAAAGUCUUUCCAUCAAUGUUUGGGAUUUUCCCUGGAUUUUCAUGUGCGUGAUUGAUUCUAAACUUAUUUUCCAGAGCUGCUGUGCAUUUACCCUGCUGUUUUUGUUUGUUUUCCUAUUUGGGUGUUUUCUGUAAGGGGAUUCCUGGCGCUUCUGCUUAUAUUGUAUUAAGAGGCUUACCAAAAAUGAGUAAAUUUUUAUUCCAUCAAUUGACUAUGAAAAAUUUGGGUUUGUUUCACCAGUUAGAUUCAACAUCACUUCUCUCUGAGGAACAGUUGAAAUCUCUGCUGGAUGAAUGCAUACUCAAGCAGAAAUUAAACAUGAGUAGACUUUCUUCAGAAGGAGAAAACAAAGACAUUAAGGAUGUAACAUUUGAGUUCCCCCAGCUUUCCAGAUCGGUCCUCUCCAAGUUACUAAAUGGAUCAGAAACAGAGGUGGAAAAGACUGAGGCAGAAGAUGCAGACGCCCUUGAGAAUGCUGACUGUGAGACGUCUCGAGGCUACUAUCUCACCAAAGCCUUGACUGGGCAUUGCAUGGCAGACACUCUCGUCAUUGAAGCAGAGCAUAUGAAAUGCCUCCCAUUUCCCAAGGAUGCAGUUAUUAGUGACACAAAAGAUUAUUUUAUGUCGAAAACUCUUGGCAUUGGGAGACUGAAAAGGCCCUCUUUCUUGGAUGAUCCACUGUAUGGCACCAAUGUGAACCUUUGGCCAGAAGAUCAACAUGAGAAUCUCAGCUCUCCAGAGAAACCAAAAACAGAUGAAGAGGAACUUGAAGAUGUGACAGAAGAGUGUAAAGAAUCUUGAUUAAGCAAAGACUUGCUGGGGGUACUUUUUAGAAAGUUGGUCAAGUCUAUCAUUGCCUUUUUUUCCUGGAUUCUAUGAACUCAGUGACUACAUGGUGGAGACCGUCCCCCAAAUAAUGACUUUGUCGUUGGGAUUCUCCCUGUGGAUUACAUUUCCCUGAUAAUUUUUGAGGCUUGUCAUGUAAUUGCUCCAUGGUUUUUCUUCAUUGAAAUUCUUGGACAGUGUUUUUUAUUGCUAAUCUUACAACAUCAGGGAUACUUUAUAGAUGGAUUUAAUGCAUGUGUGCUGUGUUAAAACUAGCUGCAGUGCUGUGACUGUUUGGCAUUUGAUCUUGCAUGUUUCCACCUCAUUGUGGUUCAGACAGCUAACGUUCAGCGUGAGUUUUUGCUCUGGGCCUGCUUUUCCUCCUUGCUUCCUCUCCAAUGUCUGUGAAGUAAGCACAACUUACCAAAGAGAGAAAUGAAUUGCACCAAAGCAGCGCUGGGAUAACUUACACAGUCUUAUCAGCAAUAAUACUUUUCUUAAGCAAGAGUUUGACUGAAUCAUUUGAUGUGUUUCUUUCAGUUUAUCUUAUUUCAGAGUCUGAGCCGUUCAGAAUACAGCAAAUAGAUCAGCUACUUUUUUUGUUUCUUUCUGCAGUAUUAUUUUAAGAGAAAGGGGCUUAUCUAGGUACCUGUCAGUAACUUAGACUCAUGAGAAAAUUUUAUGUCAGCACUCUGUGAGAUGAAUUGGCAUUAGAACUAGAAGUCCAGUUUAUUUCCGAUUCACAGAAGAGCUGACGGUUGUGCUGCCUUUAAUGACUUUCAGAACGGUGUAGUGUAGCACUAUUUUUGUGGGCCCGUGUUCAUCUACUGAUACCGGAUGACGUUAAUGACCACGCACAUCGAAUUUCCUUGACUUUUUAAUGAAUGAUUCUGUAGCCACCAUUUUCAAAGGUAUCAAUAGGCAAUUUUAUUUCCGAUUCCUUCUAUUUCAGUUUCCUGUUUGUUCAUUUAAAAUAGCAGUGGUUCAGGCUGAUGUCAGCCUGCUACAAUGUCAUGGUCCUUUAUUUUGAUGCCAAAAGUUUUGCUGUGGGGGAUCAACAGAAGUUAGGAGUCGUGAUUUUAGACUCUCACGGAAUGACAUGUGAUACUCCCACAUUGUUGUCAGGCUUGGGUCUGAAUAGUCAGAGGACGGAGAGAUAUGCGGAGGAACUUGAAGUGGGGACAGAAAGAAGCCAUCGUUGUCCGCUAGCCUUUCAGAGGAGCUCAGCUUUCUAACGCAUCCCUGGUAUUUUGAUGUGUGUGUGCAUGUGUGUUAAUGAGAGAGGGAGGGAGAAAUGGAGAGAAAUUAAUUUAUUGGUUAUCUCUCAGCAGAGCUAGCAGCUCUAAGAUAACUGCUCUCAAAAAGAAAAUGAAAAGAAUUUUCAGGCCAGUGCUGCAAAGGGCUUGCGGUUUUAGCUGGCUUCAUGCUGUGUUGCUGCAGUGGUGUUUGGGGACGUAGUUAGCAUUGCUGUUAGAGGAGUUUGAUGAGGAAAGGGAAACAGCGUGAUCUUAAGUGAUGAAUUCUGCGGGAAAAAGGUGACCCCAUUCCAUAGCAUGCCAACUAAGGGUAACUACACGGGACUGGUCAGAUGAAAGUAUGAUUCAACACAGAGGUCCAAAUUAAAAAAAAAAGUCACCCUGAUUUAAACAGGAAGUGUUCUUGUUAAAAAUAAGAGUCCUUAUUUUGUUUGCCUCUGGGUCUGAGUGCCCCCGAAUAAGAUACUGAAGAAAAGCUCUGGAAGAGAAAGAGCUAAUUCAUCUUGGGAAUGGAUUUGGGAACUUAUAGUUCCAAGUUUUUCUACUAUGACUACUUAGAAACUUCUCGCCCCACCUUCAUUGUAAAUUCCCAUAGGAUCUAAGGUUUAUUGCCCUUCAAUCUAGCUCUCCCCGAAACACACAACCAUAAACUCUUGUCACAAGAAAAAGCAAUCAUCUCAAUGAUGUAGUUUUAAUUUUUAACACGUCUUUUAUUUCAGUACAGCCUGCUGAUAUGAAGGUCAGUUCAGCGUGAACAUGAAACAUGCCUAGAGAAAAGUUCUGCUUCCAGACCCUUUUUCUGUCCCAUCUUGCUGUUUCCAGUCAGUUUUAUUCCACCACCUAAAAGUGAUUUAGGACUCUCUCUUAGGACUUCGCAGGUUGAGCUCUUCUAUGGCUCAAUGGUGUAUUUGCUUCCAGUAAUUAUUUCUUGGAGAUCAGUUCUCCCACCUCUGCAACCACUAACAAUACUUUCUAGCUCUUUCUAGCUUCUUCGCCUGAGCACUAUAAAAUGAUUGGGCAAUUUAUAUUUAUAUAUUUAUAUAUGAUCAUGCUACCCCAGAAAGAUGUGUUUUAAGAACAGUAGAGAAGAAUUAACUAGGGAAGAAAAUCCUCUCACUCAACCAGUCAUUUCUAGUGUUCAACAGACCUUAAAGCCAGAAGUUUUAAACUACUCAUAAAAUUUGUUCUUCUGUCUGCUCUUACUGUACUAGAAGUUAAAGAAAUUAAUUGGUCAUAUUCUAUAUUAUUAGUCCAUCAGAAAUUCAAGGUCCGCUUAUUCUAACACUUUGACCUCUUCACAAAAUAAUUUGGCAUUUAAAAUUUUUUUUUUCUAGGAUUCCUUCCAAAUUGUACAUUU